GUGGAUAUAACGUUGUCCAUUUCAGAUAGCCUUUUCUUUCCUCUGAAGCUCACAAGCCGUUAUCAAUGGCUUCCUCGCUCACCUCCACUUUCCAAACCAGCAAUUUGAGGUCUGUGUUUUUGGGCGAGAGAAAUGUAAACUGUGUUUCUAGUGUUCCUGUAAAUCGUGUUGGUUUCCUGAGGAAAGCUGUGGUGUGUAAGGAAUCCCGAAUAGGAAAGCAACCAAUUCAAGUGCCAUCCAAUGUGACGCUCACUUUGGAAGGUCAAGAUUUAAAAGUAAAGGGUCCUUUAGGGGAACUUUCACAGACCUAUCCACGAGAAGUCAAGCUUGAGAGGGAGGAGUCUGGCAUUAUAAGAGUCAGAAAGGCGAUGGAAACUAGAAGGGCCAGCCAAAUGCAUGGGCUUUUCAGGACACUCACCGACAAUAUGGUGGUGGGAGUAUCUAAAGGUUUCGAGAAGAAGCUUCAAUUGAUUGGUGUUGGAUAUCGUGCAACGGUAGAAGCAAAAGACUUGGUACUGAAUCUUGGGUUCUCUCAUCCAGUUAGGAUGGCAAUCCCAGAUGGCAUAAAAGUGAAGGUGGAAGAAAACACCAGAAUUACUGUCAGCGGAUAUGACAAAUCUGCCAUUGGACAGUUUGCUGCUUCAGUUAGGAGAUGGAGACCCCCAGAACCAUAUAAAGGUAAGGGUGUGAAAUAUGCUGACGAAGUCGUUAGACGGAAGGAAGGAAAAGCCGGAAAGAAGAAGUAAUAGAGGUUUUGGUUUCAUUGUUUCCUUCCUUGUCAUCUCGUUGUGCUUGUCAAACAUGAAUUUGCAAUAUUGGGUGUACUUGCAGUGUUAACAUGUA